CAUACUGGAGAAAAGCCUUACAAGUGCGAACUUUGUUUAAAACAGUUUACUACAGCAAGUCAGUUGAUAAUUCAUUCGAGAUUACACACUGGAGAAAAACCUUACAAGUGUGAAAUUUGUUUUAAUCAAUUUAGGCAAUUAAAUAAUUUGAAAACACAUUUGAGAGUGCACACUGGGGAAAAGCCUUACAAGUGUGAAAUUUGUUCGAAUCAUUAUUCCCAGAUAGGUGCUUUGAAACGACAUUUGAGGUUGCACACUGGAGAAAAACCUUACCAGUGUGAAAUUUGUUUGAAGCAAUUUUCCGAAGCAUGUGGUUUGAAACAACAUAUGAGUGUGCAUGAUGGAGAAAAACCUUACAAGUGUGAAAUUUGUUUGAGUGAUUUUUCUCACACAUAUACUUUGAAACGACAUAUGAGAUUGCAUACUGGAGAAAAACCAUACAAGUGUGAAAUUUGUUUUAAGCAGUUUAAUCAAAAAGGUCAAUUGAAACCACAUUUAAUGGCACACACCGGAGGUACACCUUACAAGUGUAAAAUUUGUUUGAAUCAUUUUUCUCAGUCAAGUGCUUUGAAUCGACAUAUGAAACUGCACACUGAAGAAAAACCUUCUUCAUCAUCAUUAUUGAUUAUAUAA